AUGGCUGACCAGAAAGUCGCUUUAAUUGUCAUUGAUGGCUGGGGUAUGUCCAACCCCGAUGCCCCUCCCCAGGGUGAUGCCAUCGCCGCGGCCGAGACUCCGUUCAUGUCUGGCUUCGCCGAGGCCAACUCCAAGACUGCUCAGGGUUUCACCGAACUCGAAGCUUCCUCGCUCGCAGUUGGUUUGCCUGAGGGUCUCAUGGGCAACAGUGAGGUCGGUCACUUGAACAUUGGUGCCGGCCGUGUUGUCUGGCAGGACAGUGUUCGCAUUGACCAGACCCUGAAGAAGGGCGAGUUGAACAAGGUGGACAGCAUUGUCAAUGCCUUCACUCGUGCCAAGGAGGGCAAUGGUCGUUUGCACCUGUGUGGUCUGGUUUCGGACGGUGGUGUCCACUCCAACAUCACUCACCUGUUUGCUCUACUCCAGGUCGCCAAGGAGUUCCAGAUCCCCAAGGUCUACAUCCACUUCUUCGGUGAUGGCCGCGAUACCGACCCCAAGAGUGCUGUCAUCUAUAUGGAGCAGCUCCUGACCAAGACUAAGGAGCUUGGUGUUGGUGAGAUCGCCACCGUCGUUGGCCGUUACUAUAUCAUGGACCGUGACAAGCGCUGGGAGCGUGUCGAGAUCGGCCUCAAAGGUCUGGUUACCGGCGAGGGUGAGGACAGCGAGGACCCUCUCCAGACUAUUAAGGAACGCUACGAGAAGAAGGAAAAUGAUGAGUUCCUGAAGCCUAUCAUUGUCGGCGGCAAGGAGCGCCGCAUCCAAGAUGACGACACCGUCUUUUUUUUCAAUUACCGGUCGGAUCGUGUCCGUGAAAUUACCCAGCUGCUGGGUGACCACGACCGCUCCCCGCGUCCCGACUUCCCUUACCCCAAGAACAUCUCCCUCACCACCAUGACCCAAUACAAGACGGACUACACAUUCCCCGUUGCCUUCCCUCCUCAGCACAUGGGCAAUGUUCUGUCUGAAUGGCUGGGAAAGAAGAACCUCUCGCAGUGCCACAUUGCUGAGACCGAGAAGUAUGCGCACGUUACUUUCUUCUUCAACGGUGGUGUUGAGAAGCAGUUCCCCGGUGAGGUUCGUGACAUGAUCCCCUCGCCCCGAGUGGCCACCUAUGACCUUGACCCCAAGAUGAGCGCCGCCGCCGUCGCUACUAAGAUGUCUGAGCGCAUUGGUGAGGGCAACUUUGAUCUCGUCAUGAACAACUUCGCACCCCCUGAUAUGGUCGGCCACACUGGUGUGUACGAGGCUGCCAUCCAGGGUGUUGCUGCUACCGACAAGGCCAUUGGUGAGAUCUACGAGGCCUGCAAGAAGAACAACUACGUACUCUUCAUUACCGCUGACCACGGCAAUGCCGAGGAGAUGCUCAACGAGAAGCUUACUCCCAAGACUUCCCACACCCUCAACAAGGUUCCCUUCGUUAUGGCCAAUGCCCCGGCUGGCUGGACCCUCUCCAAGGAGGGCGGUGUCCUGGGUGACGUUGCGCCCACCGUGCUCGCCGCCAUGGGCGUCGAGCAACCCGCCGAGAUGACGGGUAAGAACCUGUUGGUCAAGGCAUAG